AUGUCGACAAACCAUUCAGAGGCAAUUCAAGCCCGCAUACGCCCUUACCAGCCUCGAGAUGAGAAGCAGGUGCGCUUUAUGGUCGGGCAAGCACAGAUGGAGCCCCUAGCUUUCGCAAACAACCGCGGUCAGUGCGAACAAACCUCGUUUGCUGCCCCAACCGAUGCUAAAAAUCGUCCUGCAGCGUAUUUCCAUCCGGUCACGCUGGCCAUCUGGAUCGCUGUCUCUUCCAUAUUUGCCCAGUUCAUGAAAUGGUGGCCGGAUCCAAGCAACGGCUUCUGGGGCUACAUUUUCGUCUUGCCAGCGUUCUUCACACCAGCGGUGCCCAUCAUGUUCUUUAUAGACUGGAUAAAUCGACCGGACGUAGAAGAAACGGCUGAGAAGGUCCUGCGUCGGCCUGACCUGUACGACAUCUCGGCGUACUACUCUCGCUCUCCAGCCUCUGGGUUCUGGAUCCUUGAGUACAGCGACAGGAUCAUUGGCCUCAUUGCUGUUGACGCGUCCCUCGAUGCGACUUUGGAUGAACCCGUCGCACAACCUGUAUCCGAACAACAGAUCAAAAAGCUGCUCCAUGGAAAGGGGACCGCGCCCGUGGCAGUCAUUCGCCAUUUCUUCAUCGAAGAGGCCUAUCGCCCCGCUGAUGUAGAAGAGGACCUGCUCCGCUACGCCGUCGGGGCCGCAUUCGAGGCAAAGCAGGAAGUGAGCGAAGUGCGAGCGCUAGGUUCGCCCUUGAGACCGAGCGUGGAGAAAUCACUCUGUGCUAGCGGGUUCACGCGCAAAGAGCGAGUCAGGACGACGGGAAUUCUACGGUGGGAUACGAAUUGGUACACGCUAGAGAGAAAGCAGUGGCAAGCUCAGGAGGAAGUGGGUGCGAGAUCUGUAGUGGUCGAGGAUACAAAACACAAGACGGUAAUUGCAACAACUGAAACACCAUAG